AUGGGGUCCGAUCCACAGUACAUCAAGUACCCCGAUCUCAGCCUCGCCCAGCAUGUCUUCAAUCUCUCCAACCCAGCCUGUGACGCAGCCCUUCGCCAGACCUCAUUGAAGCACCUGCAAGAUGCCAUCUCCGAGCACAAGAUGGCCCCGUUCUACCGCUACCUAGCCCACCCGGUCGAAGGCAUCCUCAACACCUCCGGCGAGGGUGCACCGCAACAUCCGCAUCAUGGCGCGAAUGCGACCAAGCCUCUCAUCACUUCCAACAUGCUCGCCUCCCGAAAGUCUCCGCAAAAGGUGGAUUUCCCAUGGGACGAGGAGUUGUACCAGUCCCUGGUGGAAGAUAACAAGAAGGAAUUGGAGACGUUCCAGAAGGAGGAAGAGGACGCGGAAGAGGCGGCCGGUGAGACCGAGGUGCAGGCUGCGCGGGGGAAGAGAGCUGAGUUCUGGGCCCGAGUAGGAGACAAGGACAAAGCCAUCGAGUCCGGCGAAGCCCUCCUUGAAAAGACGGGAUUCCUGGGCACCAAGAUCGACCUGACGCUGGCGAUGAUUCGGAUUGGGCUAUUCUUUGGGGAUCUGCUGUUUGUCAAGAAGAUCAUCGAACGAGCGGAGACGUUGGUCGAGAGCGGUGGUGACUGGGAUCGAAGGAAUCGCCUCAAGGCAUACAAGGGACUGCAUCUCCUCACUAUUCGCUCCUAUAGUCUGGCUGCGCCUCUCCUGUUGGACAGUCUGUCUACGUUUACGAGCUAUGAACUGUGCAGUUACUCCUCGUUGGUGAUCUACUCCGUGCUCGCGGGAUCAUUGUCCCUCAAGCGCGUGGAUUUCAAGGCGAAGGUGGUGGAUGCCCCGGAGAUCAAGGCGAUCCUCGGUGCCGGCGAGGACCAGCUGGCUGCGCUGACCGGUGAGGUGUCCGCUGGUCCCGGUGCCCAGGACGAAGAGAUGAAGGAUGCGACGGUGACGAAAGCGACCCCGGCCGGUGCCACUACCGCCGUCAACCUGGCCUCACUAGUCACCGGGUCUGGCGUGCAAGCUGAGGCCGAAGCCGCCGUGGACUUUUCGUCGCUGGCAAACCUGGUCAACAGCCUGUACAAUGGCAACUACCGGUCGUUCUUCCGGGCGCUAGCAGCAGUCGAGGACCACUUCCUGACGCAAGACCGGUACCUGCAUGAGCACCGGGCGUGGUUUGUGCGCGAGAUGCGACUCCGCGCCUACCAACAGCUGCUGCAGAGCUACCGCGUGGUAGGAUUGAACAGCAUGGCGAGCGACUUUGGCGUGACGGUGGACUUCUUGGACCGCGAUCUGGCCAAGUUCAUCUCCAGCAACCGCAUUUCAUGCACCAUCGACCGGGUCAACGGCAUCAUCGAGACAAACCGGCCGGACGACAAGAACAAGCAGUAUGCGGAUGUGGUCAAGCACGGCGACUCGCUUAUCACCAAGAUCCAGAAAUACGGGCAGGCGGUACGUCUGCGGGGCAGUGAGCGCAGCUAG